UCCGCCUGGGCUCUGACCUUCCUCCUUCCCGCAGCCCGGCGAGGUCCCGGAGAGACGCGGCGGCGGCGCCAGCGCCACCUCCUCCUCCCCCGGGAAGUCGUCCGGGCUUGAGGCCGGGCCCCAGACGCCCCGCUUCGCCCCGUGGCGCCGCCGAUGGUGCCCGGCGCUCCUGCCCCCAGUGCAUGAGCCACAGAGCCUGCUAGCCACCACACCACACCUGCUCAGCUCCCCACGGCCACACCAUGUCCGGCUCCUACGAUGAGGCCUCUCUGGCUGCGGAGGAGACCACCGACAGCUUCUGGGAGGUGGGGAACUACAAGCGGACAGUGAAGCGCAUCGACGACGGCCACCGUUUGUGCAACGACCUGAUGAGCUGCGUGCAGGAGCGCGCCAAGAUCGAGAAGGCGUAUGCGCAGCAGCUCACCGACUGGGCCAAGCGCUGGCGCCAGCUCAUCGAGAAAGGCCCACAGUAUGGCAGCCUGGAACGGGCCUGGGGUGCCAUAAUGACAGAGGCCGACAAGGUGAGCGAACUGCACCAGGAGGUGAAGAACAACCUGCUGAACGAGGACCUGGAGAAGGUCAAGAACUGGCAGAAGGAUGCCUAUCACAAGCAGAUCAUGGGUGGCUUCAAGGAGACCAAGGAGGCUGAAGAUGGCUUCCGCAAGGCCCAGAAACCCUGGGCCAAGAAGAUGAAGGAGCUGGAGGCGGCCAAGAAGGCCUACCAUUUGGCCUGCAAAGAGGAGAAGCUGGCCAUGACCCGGGAGAUGAACAGCAAAACAGAGCAGUCGGUCACUCCUGAGCAGCAAAAGAAGCUGCAGGACAAAGUGGACAAGUGCAAGCAGGAUGUGCAGAAGACUCAGGAGAAGUACGAGAAGGUGCUGGAAGAUGUGGGCAAGACCACACCCCAGUACAUGGAGGGCAUGGAGCAGGUAUUUGAACAGUGCCAGCAAUUCGAGGAAAAGCGGCUGGUCUUCCUCAAGGAGGUGCUGCUGGACAUCAAACGGCACCUCAACCUAGCUGAGAACAGCAGCUACAUCCAUGUGUACCGUGAGCUGGAGCAGGCCAUCCGGGGGGCUGACGCCCAGGAGGACCUCAGAUGGUUCCGCAGCACCAGUGGCCCUGGCAUGCCCAUGAACUGGCCCCAGUUUGAGGAGUGGAACCCAGACCUUCCCCACACCACCGCCAAGAAGGAGAAACAGCCCAAGAAGGCAGACGGGGUGGCGCUGAGCAACGCCACUGGAGCAAUGGAGUCCACAUCCCAGGCUGGGGACCGUGGCAGCGUCAGUAGCUACGACAGAGGCCAGCCCUACGCCGCCGAGUGGUCGGACGACGAGAGCGGGAACCCCUUCGGGGGCAAUGAGGCCAACGGAGGCGCCAACCCCUUCGAGGAUGACUCCAAGGGAGUACGCGUGCGGGCGCUCUACGACUACGACGGCCAGGAGCAGGACGAGCUCAGCUUCAAGGCUGGAGAUGAGCUCACCAAGCUGGGCGAGGAGGACGAACAGGGCUGGUGCCGCGGGCGUCUGGACAGUGGGCAGCUGGGCCUCUAUCCCGCCAACUACGUGGAGGCCAUCUAGCUGCCCUGCUCGCUCCGCUCCCCUUCACUCGCGCCCACCGCCUCCCCUUCCCUCCCAAUCUCGUCUCCUCCCCCUCGCCAUAGAGUUCCAGACAUAUUUUCCGAUCAAGCUUUUAUUUUUUUAAAAGUCUAAACAGAACAAAACAAAAAAUACAAAGAGACAGAGCAUUUGCAGGGCCACCUGGAGCCAGAGUGGUGGGGCUUGGGACAGGAUGGCCCCAGGGUGGGUGAGGGUCUUAGGACUUAGCCCAGCGUCACAACAUCUGCUCUUCAGAGUCCACCAAAGAGUCUCCUGAGCCCUGAGGGACAUCUUCUGGACCCUUUUACCCUGUCACUCUCCUCACCCCACCCACCCCCCCCCAACUGCCGGUACCAUUCUUGUUCUCUGAGCCUGGCUUCCUAACCUCUUCUUCCUCCUCACCCCACCCCUUUCCACCACUGCCCUGCUCUCAAAGGCCUCCCCUCAGAACCCCAAGAAGGGAGGCCUCCCAAUCUUUAGUCUUCCACUGUGCCCGGGAGUGCCCUCCUUCUCCUUAACCCAUUCCUUGGGAUCAGUGGGACUACUGGAGGAAUGGCCAUCCUCCUUCCCCAUAGAGGUUUCCAGGGGUCCCUAGACUCCCCCCAACAUGAAGAGGGGUGAGCUGGAGGAAGUGACAGUGUCCCUGGAGAACAGGAAGGUGAGUGAAGGGAGAGCGGGCCCUCAACCCAGUCCAUCUGGAGGACCAAGACCCUGUCUGGAUCCUUCUUUCUGGCUAUCAGCACUGUGGGCACACACCUUCCUCAGAGCCACACCCCCUUGAUAGCUUGUGAAGACCCUGCUCCCUCCCAUAAGUCCCUUGGCACAGGGCAGGCCCCCUGCCCCCAAAACCCAGGGCAAAGCCAGCAACAGUAGCAGCCUCCUCCCAUUUCCUGGGGAGGAGGGCAUCUUGCCUGCUCAUCCGCCCUCCCUCCAUGUCCAUCCAAAACUAUAGAAUCACUGGGCUCCUCUUGGGCGUCUGUGAAACCAAGGCUUGUGCCUGCAAGGCUCCUGGCCUAACCGUCCCUCUCCCCAUCCCUUGUCCUGCCUGGGGAGACACAUUGGGGGCUCAUGGGAGCUUUCAGCCUGGAACCCUCUGGGGAAAGCCUGAAGCUGAGCUUGGUGGGAAGGAGGCGCUCUGGACCUCAGGAGCAGGAGAGUCAUCUUUUUUUUCUUCUUUGUCCUCCCAGCACCCCUGAACAACACUCCCUCUGCUGGCAGCACCUCCAGCUCUCCAAACAUGGGUCCCAAUUAAAGGACUCUGGGGGUGGAGGGGACAAAGGGUCCUUCUGUUCGGUGAGAGCAGUGGUGCCGAGUUCCAGCCUCUCCCUCGGAGUGGGGGUGUGGGGAAAGCUUGGGAAUCAGACAAGGUGGACGGGGCCUGAGAGGUGGAUGAGUGACUGGAGGAAAAGCCUCUGGGGCGAGGGCCCAAGAAGGCCCGCAGCACUGGGUGAGGCUUGCUCAGACACCUUCCUCCCUCCUGUGGCGGGUGGCCCAACCCCGGCCCCUCAGGCACCCCUCAGUCCCCUUUCUCUCCUGCUCCUGAUCCCAGAAUCCCACAGUUAGGAGGUAGUGGGCCCUGGACACAGUGUGCCCUUCUUCCCUUGGGCACAGAGGAUCCUGGCGGCUGUGGCGGCAGCCUGAGCUAGGGCGAGCCUCCCUGUGCCAGGGGCGAAGGCACGCCAGCUCCAGCACCCAUUCCCUAUCACGUCUGUCUCUGAGCCUCUGCUGCACCCUGAGAGGUGCCCUGGGCACCUCAGAGCCUGGGCUAAGAUUUCAGAGGCCACAGCCCUCCCUGCUCCAGGACAGAAGCCGCUCCUGCCUCCCCUGCAGGCAGGAGCUGGGUCGGGCCUCGGCCCCUACCACCUACCCUGGAAAGGCAGGACGCUGGCACAUCUGCACCUUGGGGCCUGGGCUCCCCCUCUCUGUGCCCGCAGCUUCCCAGCACCUGGGGAGGGGCUGUGGCCCUGGCUGGACCCCAGGCUGUCACCCUUAGCACUCCAGCUGCCCCCUUCAGGGCAGGGACUGGAAAACAUCCCUUUGGGGCACGUACCUCCACGGCCCCAUUUGGGACCACCUCUCAGUCCCCAAGCUCCUCAGGACCCUGGCACUGGAGGGUCUCCCACCUGGCAGUCCCCCUGAGCCCCAGGGGCCCAGCCCCACCUGUCAGUGCUGGUGUUGGGGCACACAGCAGACACGGGGCCGCCCCCUUGCCGUGCCCGCAGCCACCUCCUGUGGCCCCUGCCCUCCCCCUCGAUGCUGCACGGGCCGCCCUGGGGGGCUCGGCGAGUUGUGUGUUUUGUCCCCAAUUAGCACCAUUCCGCGGCCUGGUUCUGUGAGGGCCAGGGCUGUCCCGCGCCCGCCACCCACCGUCUGCCACUCUAGGCUUCCUGAUUCCAUUAGUUCAACACUUGUGAAACUCCGAGAAGUGCUGUGGUCUCAGCAAUGCACCUGUUUUGUACAUGAUUGUGUAAUUUAAAGGUAUAUAAAUACAAAUAUAUAUAUAUAUAAGUUGUGACUGUACGACUAUGGAUAAAAUCCAGAACUGUGUCAA